AUGAAGAUCUACUGUUGUGACAAGUAUGAAAUAUGCUGCUACUCUAAUACAAAUUGGCUGAACGAUUUGGAGUGGGAUAAGCUUUCACUAGCUGUAAGUGCUGCGGCUUUGGAAGACGUGAGGAUGGACGUUCUCCAAUGGCUAGCAAUAUUGAGAGUCGGACAUCUCCCAGCGGGAAUCGUGCGCGUCAUCUACGACAUGGUUUCCAAGUCGAAGUAUCAGGACCACGAAGAUCCCUGGGACAAGGUCCUCGAGCAGAGUCGUUUCUCGAUCAUGAUCUCCGCCAGCGGGUUUCAAUACAGUCCGAGCGAUGAAAUAGUGAGCCGGUAG